GUGGUCUCCUGGGGCUGCAAAGACAGCGGAGGGGAUAGCCGCGCUGUUGAGGACCAGCUGAUACAAGUGGAGGAGAUUGUUGCCAAUCAGCAUGCCAUAGCAGCGCUACGUGCGGAUGGCUCCGUGGUGACUUGGGGGUCUGCUGCGGCCGGAGGAGACAACAGCAGCGUGCAGAAGGAGUUACAUUCUGUGCAGCAGAUUUGCCCAUCCCACUACGCCUUCGCAGCCCUGCGCUGUGACGGGGCGAUAGUUACCUGGGGC